CGGCCCGCUUCCUCGCGUGCCGGCGUUCGCCCCGCCUCUUUCUUUCCCGCACCAAGAUGGCGGAGUACGACCUGACCACGAAGAUCGCGCACUUCUUGGACCGACACCUGGUCUUCCCGCUGCUGGAGUUCCUCUCUGUCAAGGAGAUAUAUAAUGAAAAAGAACUACUUCAAGGAAAACUGGAUCUCCUUAGUGAUACCAACAUGGUGGAUUUUGCUAUGGAUGUGUACAAAAAUCUUUAUUCUGAUGAAAUUCCACAUGAUUCUUCUGAAGCUGGAGAUAAUUUCUCCUUACUGGAAUACUUCCUGUCAGCUUUGCGUGAGAAGAGAACAACUGUUGUUGCACAGCUGAAACAGCUUCAAGCUGAAACUGAGCCUAUUGUCAAGAUGUUUGAGGAUCCAGAGACAACAAGGCAAAUGCAGUCUACUAGGGAUGGUCGUAUGCUGUUUGACUACUUAGCUGAGAAGCAUGGUUUUAGACAGGAGUACCUAGAUACACUCUACAGGUAUGCAAAAUUCCAGUAUGAAUGUGGCAAUUACUCUGGAGCUGCAGAAUACCUGUACUUCUUCAGGGUUCUGGUUCCAGCAACAGACAGAAAUGCUCUGAGUUCACUGUGGGGGAAACUGGCAUCUGAAAUUCUCAUGCAGAAUUGGGAUGCAGCCAUGGAAGACCUCACAAGAUUGAAGGAGACGAUAGAUAACAAUUCAGUCAGCUCUCCACUGCAGUCUCUUCAGCAAAGAACAUGGCUCAUCCAUUGGUCUUUAUUUGUGUUUUUUAACCAUCCUAAAGGGAGAGACAAUAUCAUUGACCUCUUUCUCUAUCAACCACAGUAUCUCAAUGCAAUUCAGACAAUGUGCCCUCAUAUCCUGCGAUAUCUCACUACUGCAGUCAUAACAAAUAAGGAUGUUCGAAAGCGUAGACAAGUGCUGAAGGACCUCGUCAAGGUUAUUCAGCAGGAGUCCUACACAUACAGGGACCCCAUCACAGAAUUUGUGGAAUGCCUGUAUGUUAACUUUGAUUUUGAUGGUGCACAGAAGAAGUUGAGGGAGUGUGAAACAGUGCUUGUGAAUGAUUUCUUCCUAGUUGCCUGCCUUGAGGACUUCAUUGAGAAUGCCCGUCUCUUUAUAUUUGAGACUUUCUGUCGCAUCCAUCAGUGUAUCAGCAUUGGUAUGUUGGCAGAUAAAUUAAAUAUGACACCUGAGGAAGCAGAAAGAUGGAUCGUCAAUCUAAUUCGAAAUGCACGAUUAGAUGCCAAGCUGGAUUCAAAGCUGGGCCAUGUAGUUAUGGGCAACAAUGCAGUGUCACCUUAUCAGCAAGUGAUUGAGAAGACCAAAAGCCUGUCUUUUCGUAGCCAAAUGUUGGCUAUGAACAUUGAGAAGAAAUUGAAUCAGAGUGGUAGAUCAGAGGCACCUAACUGGGCUACUCAAGACUCUGGAUUCUAUUGAUACAGUUCUGUAGCGGGAAAAUUAUCAGUUUUCAUUUGAAUAAGAAGCGUAUGAUAAGUAUGUCUAACUUGGAGAAGACAAUUGUUUCAUCUUAAAAUCAUUUGAAUAAAAUUGGCUACUUUUAA